UAUUUGUUCAUUGUCAGAUUGAAGACGGGUUCAUCGGUAUACGAGUACCAAAUGGCGUUAUGCGAUAAUCAAGACGAUGUGGCUCGAGCCACCCUUUACGGAGUGAUUCUACCGUUUGCGGCAUUUCAUUUGGCAAAAGUUUUAUUCCGAAGUUCGUACGAAAGAUUUAUGUCGUUGUUUGAAGAUCAAACUGAGGAGAGAUUGGUUUGUUUUUGA